AUGCUGAGAAUGGAUGCAGGAGGCCAUGCAGAGAGCCAUGCAGAGAGCCAUGUGGGGAGGCAUGCAGAGAGCCAUUCUCGGCGCUCGCUGUAUGAGCCUGACGGGGCCUUGAGGUCACGGCACCACCGGCUGUUCAACUCGUGCUGGAGCGUGCAUGAAAGGCGCUACUAUCAGCCUGCGGCAUCCGCCAGCACGCCAAUGACUGAAGAGCUGGCUGAGCGGCUGAAGGCGUAUGCAGAGAGGCAGGCGCGGUGCAUCAACGGCGUGAAGGACUGGCCUGCUUUCCUCUCCAAUCCCUGCUCUCCCUCGUCUCUUCCUUCACCUACGCCCUGCUCACCCAUCGCACGCUCAUCAUCAACACACUUUUCUCACCACCAUGCCCGCACGCCCACUCUUUCCCCACUUUCCCCACUUUCCCCUCUUUCCACUGUCUUUCCCCUCGUCCCUUGUCCAGGUCUGGGCAACCAGCUGCUCGCCCUCGUCUCCUCCUUCACCUACGCCCUUCUCAACAACCGCACGCUUAUCAUCAACCCACACGCGCAGGCAGCCCUCUUCCUCUGCGACCCCUUUGCAUUCACCCCCACCCCGUCUACUUGGAUGCCCAUGGACUCACCCACCUUUGCGUGA